GGUUGCGCGGAUUAUAUUGCAGAGAUUCACGUAUUUCGUCGAAAUGUCUAAGGCAGACGAAAAUGCGAGCGAUGCCGGCGACAAUUCCAACGACUCGUCAGCAGAAACGUCCUCCUCUCGAGGUGGCGGUGACUUUGAAACGAAGCUUGAAACUGACAGAAGCAAGCGUUUCGAUUUUCUCCUCAAGCAAACCGAGAUCUUUUCUCACUUUAUGACUAAUAAUUCUAAAGAUAAAAGCCCACUGAAGAUUAAGCCCGGCAGGCCAAGGAAAACACCUUUACCUUCUGACAAACUACAGCCACCAGAUUUAAAAGAUAGGUUGGAUAAGUCAUUGGAUAAGGAUUCAGCAGAUCACAGGCACAGCAAAACGGAAACCGAAGAAGAUGAAGAAUUACUUGCUGCUGAUUCUAAUGUUACAGCUCCUGUUACAAGGUUUGAGAGCUCUCCACCAUACAUUAAGUCUGGAGAGCUUAGAGAUUAUCAAGUUCGAGGUCUUAAUUGGAUGAUAUCAUUGUAUGAGAAUGGUAUUAAUGGUAUUUUGGCUGAUGAGAUGGGUUUAGGUAAAACUCUACAAACUAUUUCCUUACUGGGUUACAUGAAACAUUUUAGAAGUAUAUCUGGACCUCAUAUUGUUGUGGUACCCAAAACAACAUUAGCUAAUUGGAUGAAUGAAUUCAAAAAAUGGUGUCCAUCUUUAAGAACUGUUUUCCUUAUUGGAGACUCCGAUACUAGAAAUGCUUUUAUCAGAGAUGUUAUGUUGCCAGGAGAGUGGGAUGUAUGUGUGACAUCUUAUGAAAUGGUUUUGAUAGAAAAAUGGGUUUUUAAAAAAUUCAAUUGGCGUUAUAUGGUAGUAGAUGAGGCCCAUAGAUUGAAAAAUGAAAAGUCAAAGCUUUCUGAAAUUUUACGUGAAUGUAAAACAGCUAACAGACUUUUGUUAACUGGUACACCUCUACAAAAUAAUUUGCACGAAUUAUGGUCACUCUUAAAUUUCUUGCUACCUGAUGUUUUCAACAGUUCUGAAGAUUUUGAUUCUUGGUUUAAUACAAAUAGCUUCUUAGGAGACAAUACUCUUAUUGAAAGAUUGCAUGCUGUUCUACGACCCUUUUUGUUACGCAGAUUGAAAUCCGAAGUAGAAAAAGGUUUAAAACCAAAGAAAGAAAUUAAAGUUUAUAUAGGUCUGAGUAAAAUGCAGCGUGAAUGGUACACAAAGGUUCUGAUGAAAGAUAUUGAUAUUGUUAACGGUGCUGGCAAGAUUGAGAAGAUGCGUCUGCAGAAUAUUCUUAUGCAAUUGCGUAAAUGUUGCAAUCACCCGUAUUUGUUUGAUGGUGCUGAGCCUGGGCCACCGUACACGACUGACGAGCAUCUCGUCUAUAAUUGUGGCAAACUUGUCAUCCUUGACAAGCUACUCCCAAAGCUUCAGCAGCAGCAAUCACGUGUCCUUAUUUUUAGCCAAAUGACACGUAUGCUGGACAUCCUUGAAGAUUAUUGUCACUGGCGUUGCUAUCAGUACUGCCGCCUUGACGGUAAUACUGCGCAUGAAGAUCGUCAGAGGCAGAUCAAUGAGUACAAUGCACCUGGGAGUGAAAAGUUCAUUUUCAUGCUAUCGACACGUGCUGGAGGCUUAGGUAUUAACCUUGCAACUGCUGAUGUUGUCAUUAUCUAUGAUUCAGACUGGAAUCCUCAAAUGGAUCUCCAGGCUAUGGAUCGUGCACAUCGUAUUGGUCAACAGAAACAGGUACGUGUGUUUCGAUUUAUUACCGAAAAUACUGUCGAAGAAAAGAUUGUGGAGCGGGCGGAAGUGAAGCUCCGUCUCGAUAAGCUCGUUAUCCAGCAGGGCAGACUCGUCGAUGCUAAACAAAAUGCCCUCAACAAAGAUGAAAUGCUGAAUAUUAUUCGACACGGAGCGAACGAAGUAUUCGCCUCUAAAGAUAGUGCCAUUACUGAUGAAGAUAUUGACACGAUUCUACAAAAGGGUGAGGAAAAGACUCAAGAAAUGAAACAGAAGCUUGAAAGCCUCGGCGAGUCCUCUCUUCGUAAUUUUACUGUUGAUGCGCCUACGGACUCAGUUUAUCAGUUUGAAGGUCAGGACUAUAGAGAAAAGCAGAAAAUAUUAGGCAUAGGACAUUGGAUUGAACCGCCGAAGCGUGAGCGUAAAGCUAAUUAUGCUGUAGAUGCGUACUUUCGGGAGGCUCUUCGGGUUUCCGAGCCCAAGGCACCAAAAGCCCCCAGACCACCAAAACAACCAAUAGUUCAGGAUUUUCAAUUUUUUCCUCCAAGACUUUUUGAGCUCCUUGACCAAGAAAUCUACUAUUUUAGGCAAACUGUAGGAUAUAAAGUACCUAAAAAUCCAGAAUUGGGUUCAGAUGCAGCAAGGAUACAAAAAGAAGAACAGCGCAAAAUUGACGACGCUCAACAGCUAACCGACGAGGAGGUUGCUGAGAAAGAAAGGCUCCUCACGCAGGGCUUUACAAAUUGGACCAAGCGUGACUUCAAUCAGUUUAUAAAAGCAAAUGAGAAAUAUGGCAGAGAUGACAUCGAAAAUAUCGCCAAAGAGGUGGAGGGUAAAACGCCGGAAGAGGUCAUGGAGUACUCAGCGGUCUUCUGGGAACGUUGCCACGAGCUCCAGGAUAUCGAUCGUGUGAUGGCACAAAUAGAGCGUGGUGAAGCCAAGAUUCAACGUCGCGCUGGCAUUAAAAAGGCCCUAGAUGCGAAAAUGGCAAGGUACCGAGCGCCUUUUCAUCAAUUAAGAAUAGCCUAUGGUACAAACAAGGGCAAAAACUAUACUGAGGAAGAAGACAGAUUUCUUGUAUGCAUGCUACAUAAAUUAGGUUUUGAUAAGGAAAAUGUAUAUGAGGAAUUAAGGGCAACAGUUAGAUCAGCACCACAAUUUCGCUUCGAUUGGUUCGUUAAAUCUCGCACAGCAUUAGAGUUGCAGCGCAGAUGUAAUACGCUUAUCACGCUAAUCGAACGCGAAAAUCAGGAAUUGGAGGAGCGUGAGAGGCAAGAAAGAAGAAAAAAAGGUGGCGGUAAUAUAAACGCAAAACCAGCUUCGAAGCGUAAAGUUGAAAGUCUACCAGCACCUCAACCCAGAAAGAAGAAGAAGUAGGUGUUUAGCAUUGACUGCCAGUUUCUUUUGAGUAAUAUUAAGUUAUAAUUGAAUGAAUGAUAUUGGUGAAUGAAGAAAGUGUUUUAUUCAGAUGUGAGCACAGCAUUUUUAUACCUUAAAAUUAAUUCUUUGUGAUUACUUUUACUUAAGUUUUAUAAAUAAAUAUUUUAUGGAAUUUAUAUAGUACCUACAAAUAGUAUAGAAAGUGAAAAAAUUAUAUAUAUAAUUAUUUGAAUUUUUGCAUGCCUUAUCUAUAAAAUGUACUUGCAAGUUUACUGCAUCUUAAUAUGGGCAUUAACUAAAUGAAUCAUAUA